UGCUGACUUCACUGUGCUAAUUCGGGCUGAUUCAUUGUAGACCUCCUGAAGCUUAGCACAAGUUCUGAGGCGGGUUUUAAUAAUACAGAUCAAAUGGACCGGUUACUGAGGCUUGGAGGAGGGAUGCCUGGACUGGGACAGGGUCCUCCUACAGACGCCCCUGCUGUGGACACAGCCGAACAGGUGUACAUCUCCUCUCUGGCCCUGCUUAAGAUGCUGAAGCACGGCCGUGCAGGUGUGCCGAUGGAGGUCAUGGGGCUGAUGCUGGGCGAGUUUGUGGACGACUACACCGUACGUGUGAUCGACGUGUUUGCCAUGCCUCAGUCAGGCACGGGUGUGAGUGUGGAAGCUGUUGACCCUGUUUUUCAAGCCAAGAUGUUGGAUAUGUUGAAGCAGACUGGAAGGCCAGAGAUGGUGGUAGGCUGGUACCACAGUCACCCCGGGUUUGGCUGCUGGCUGUCUGGUGUAGACAUUAACACCCAGCAGAGCUUCGAGGCGUUGUCUGAGCGGGCUGUGGCAGUGGUGGUGGACCCCAUUCAGAGCGUCAAGGGAAAGGUGGUUAUCGACGCUUUCCGACUGAUCAAUGCUAACAUGAUGGUCUUGGGACAUGAACCACGGCAGACAACCUCUAACCUGGGACACCUCAACAAGCCCUCCAUUCAGGCCUUAAUUCAUGGAUUGAACAGACAUUACUACUCCAUUACCAUCAACUACAGGAAGAAUGAGCUCGAGCAAAAGAUGCUGUUGAACUUACACAAGAAGAGCUGGAUGGAGGGUCUGACACUGCAGGACUACAGCGAACACUGCAAACUUAACGAGACCAUUGUAAAAGAGAUGCUUGAGCUGGCCAAGAAUUACAACAAGGCUGUUGAAGAAGAAGACAAAAUGACUCCUGAGCAGCUGGCCAUCAAGAAUGUUGGCAAACAGGAUCCCAAACGGCAUUUGGAAGAACACGUGGAUGUACUGAUGACGUCCAACAUCGUGCAGUGUCUCGCCGCUAUGCUAGAUACAGUCGUGUUCCAGUAAACUUUCAUUGUGCUUAAACGUUUAUUCAUUGUCUGUUGUCUUUUUAAGAAAUAAAUCUAUACAAAACCCA